ACGGAAACGAUCGUUAAUGAAAUUAUUUUCAAGGAGAUGGUAAUGGAUCAAGUUAUCUGUCGUAUAAAGAGAAGACAGAUAGAACGCGAUCGCAUCAGUCGUCUCAGCAGGAGCUUUCCAACAUGUUGAUAAUCAUUCUGCCAUAUCUGUUGGCGGCACGCGUGCCCAGCCACGAGGCCACGUACCACGACGAUUCCGACUGGCGACGUUACGGCCCCGAAUGCACUUACGACGUGUUGGUGAACAUGUCGCUGUCCAACAUCGACAUCCACGACGAGAACACGAUCUGUUCCAUGAUCGCGUUCGAGCUCAAGUGUCGAGCGAAAGGAAGCGACACGUUGAACUGCCGUUUCUCGAAAGGAAGGAUCGUGAGACCCGAGGAGGAGAGAUGCUCAAGAAAUUUCGUGUCGAGCGACAGGUUGCUCUUGGACGAGGAGCCGUUCGAGAUCAGGUUCAACGCGAGAGGUAUAGAGAAUCUGGUCGUGUCGAGGGAUAUAGCUAGGUGGAGGUUGGACAUGAUGAGGGCGAUCAUCGGCCAGCUUAACGUUGGCUUCGAGUUGGGCAGCGAGUACGAUCGGUUCGUCACCAUGGAGAACUCUAGCGUCGGGUACUGCGAGGUGGAGGUGAAGGUGUCUAGGGCGGGGUACGGAGGGGAGGACGGUGGUGGGGGGGAGUUCGAGAUCGCGUUGGAGCCUGAACGGGCAGACAUGGCGCCCUUGAGCAGGGGGAGCGUUCAGAUCGAGAAGGUGAGAUGGCCGAAAAGGUGCCCGAACAGGAAGAUCUACUUCUUUGGAAAUCACCAAGAUUUUAGCUUCGGUAGCAAGGAUAUUUUCAUGGACAUGAUCACCUCUGUCAGCCGUAUGUACAUCUCGAGGAGGGAGAUGAAUUCGUUCACGGAGUCUACAGGCGUGAUGAGAACGUUGAACAGACCUGGAACGAUGAAUUUGCAUCAGAGGAUCGGUUUGUCUUUGAAAAGUAUAAAUCCUGCCCGAACUCCAAUCCCAGAAAUCGUAAACCCAGCGUCUACUAGCUUGUACGCGUACACCAAUUUGGAGCGAAUUCCCGAGUAAAAAUGGACAUUGUCUUUGACAAAUGCAUUUGUAAAAUAAAAUUUAGGCAUUACAUUUUGA